GCUUCCCUCAUUUUUGGCGUAUGGCGGGCUGCCUAGUGGGGAGGUUUGACUCGGUGUGGAUACACUUGUGUGCGGGACCAGUGUCUGCCACCGCGUAUGGCGAGGGAUCUUAUCGGGCCGGCACUGCCGCCGGGCUUCAAGGCCAGCGGGUCAGCGGAGGACGAGGAGCGGGACCCCAGCCCCGUUGCAGGACCAGCUCUGCCCCCUAAUUAUAAAAGCAGUAGUUCAAAGUCAUCAGACAGCGACGAGGACAGUAGUUCUUUGUCUGAAGAAGGAAAUCAAGAAUCUGAAGAAGAUGACACUGGUCCAACUGCAAGAAAACAGAGGAGAAAUCAGGACGACGAUGAUGAUGAUGAUGAUGAAGGGUUUUUUGGACCAGCCCUUCCUCCUGGAUUUAAAAAGCAGGAUGAUUCUCCUCCAAGGCCUAUAAUAGGUCCUGCAUUACCACCUGGUUUUCUUAAAUCUGCACAGAAAAGUGACAAAGGCAGAGAUGAUCCAAGACAAGUAUCAUCGUAUUUCAACUCUGAGAAGGAAACAGGUAGCAGUGAAGAGGAGGACAUUAUUGGGCCGAUGCCUGCCAAAGGACCAGUCAACUCUAGUGUAACGACAGAGUUUGAAAAAAGGGCCCAGAGAAUGAAAGAAAAACUGACUAAAGGAGAUGAUGAUUCAUCUAAACCAAUUACAAGAGAGUCUUGGAUGACUGAGCUUCCUCCGGAGCUGAAAGACUUUGGUCUUGGGCCCAGAACUUUCAAGAGAAGAGCUGCUGACAAGCCUGGAGAUCGAUCAGUCUGGACAGAUAUGCCAGCUGACAGGGAAAGGAAAGCUAAGGAGACACCAGAAGCAAGAAAGUCAUUCAGUAAGAAGGAUGAAGAACAUAUAUUGACAGGAAUGGAAAAGAGAUUGGCCGAGCAGGUAUCCGCAUACAAUGAAUCAAAAAGGCCAGAAUCUCUUAUGGACAUUCAUCAGAAAAAACUAAAGAAUAAGGCUGCUGAAGAUAAAAAUAAGCCCCAAGAAAGAAUACCAUUUAACCGUGAUAUGGAUCUCAAAGUUCAUCGGUUUGAUGAAGCUCAGAAAAAAGCCCUGAUAAAGAAAUCUAGGGAACUAAACACCAGGUUUUCACAUGGCAAAGGCAAUAUGUUUUUAUAAGGGGAUUUCCCUGUGCAAUGAAGAAGAGUUGAAGAAUACUCUUUUUUUCUGUCUGUCCAUCUUUCUUCCUUUAUUUUGAGUUUCUUAAGGUUAGAGGAUUACUUUAGUCUUACAAACCACGCGUCCUUUAAAGUCACGUGGAAACAUGAAAUCAGUGUGUCUUACGUAGAGUAGAAUUUUAUGUGUCUUUGGCUUCUGAGGAAAUGUGGGCUUUUCUUCAAAUGAUUUUUUUGAGGAUUCCCCCCCUCCCCGCCACUCCCUGAUUUUUGUGCUGUCUCACAAGUGCCCUGUUAAGAUCUGGUCAGGACCAUCCACUGAGUCUCUCCCACAGCUCAGACCCCCUCAUCAGAUAUUAUGAACUUGCCCUGAGUGAGUGUGUGGGGUCCUCACAGUGAAUCCAUGAAUUUGAAAUUGUUUGGGUUUCCCUCUAAACUGCAGCCAGUGAAUACACAACAUUUACUUGAAAAUAGAGGGUAUGGAGGUUUUGUCCAUUUUGUUAUCAAUUUGCUUUUUGUGGCAAUCAGGGCUUUUUAUUUGUGGUUUGGAUUUUUUGGUUUGUUUGUUUCUAAGUCAGAAAGAGGGACCUCUGCAUUAUUUCAUGUGCUAAGGAAAAACUAUUUUGAUUUUUCCAACCUCAGUAAGUAUUUCUAGGGAAGGCAAUCUGAGGGACAAGAGAACACCAUUAACUGUUACCAGUGUGAAGUCUGAGACCUGGUCUCUGUGAUCUCCACCAAAGCUUUCUAAAUCUUUAACCUGCUUUGGGAUGAUCUGACUUGAUUCAUUUAUAUUUAACAUGCUUUAGCUAAUUUAUUGGGGACAGAUUUUUUAUAUCAAUCAUAAGUAACUUUUUAAAAAAAUGGAACUCAUAAUCCCUGAAUACAAAAAUGGAAAUGGAAACUGUAAUCAAAACCACCCUGAUGUAAGCUGGGACGAAGUGAGAGAGUAGCAUUGACGUAUAUACACUACCAAAUGUAAAAUAGCUAGCUAGUGGGAAGCAACUGCAUAUAGCACAGGGAGAUCAGCUUGGUGCUUUGU